ACUUUUGAAGAUAACAUCAGGAAAAACCGGACUGUUAUCAGUAAUUGGAUCAAAUACGCACAAUGGGAAGAAAGCCUCAAAGAAGUACAAAGGGCUCGUUCCAUCUACGAGCGGGCUCUAGAUGUAGACUACCGAAACGUAACUCUUUGGCUGAAAUAUGCCGAAAUGGAAAUGAAGAAUCGUCAGGUUAAUCAUGCGCGAAAUAUCUGGGAUCGUGCUAUCACUAUUUUACCAAGAGUUAAUCAGUUCUGGUACAAGUAUACUUACAUGGAAGAGAUGCUGGGGAACGUUGCUGGGGCCCGCCAAGUGUUUGAGCGUUGGAUGGAAUGGCAGCCAGAGGAACAGUCAUGGCAUUCCUACAUUAACUUUGAGCUAAGAUAUAAGGAAGUGGAUAGAGCACGUUCAAUUUAUGAGAGAUUUGUCAUGGUCCAUCCCGAUGUUAAGAAUUGGAUCAAAUAUGCUCGUUUUGAAGAAAAACACAGUUAUUUUGCACAUGCAAGAAAAGUAUUUGAAAGAGCUGUGGAAUUCUUUGGAGAAGAACAUAUGAAUGAACAUUUGUAUGUUGCAUUUGCCAAAUUUGAAGAGAACCAGAAAGAGUUUGAACGGGUGCGAGUAAUAUACAAAUAUGCCCUGGACAGAAUUCUAAAACAUGAAGCACAGGAACUCUUCAAAAAUUAUACAAUUUUUGAGAAGAAAUUUGGGGACCGAAGGGGAAUUGAGGAUAUUAUUGUUAGCAAGAGGAGAUUCCAAUAUGAAGAAGAAGUAAAAGCUAAUCCACAUAAUUAUGAUGCUUGGUUUGAUUAUCUGCGCCUGGUAGAAAGUGAUGCGGAUUCUGAUACGAUACGUGAAGUUUAUGAAAGAGCCAUUGCCAAUGUACCUCCAAUUCAAGAAAAGCGACACUGGAAGAGAUACAUCUAUUUGUGGAUCAAUUAUGCACUCUAUGAAGAGCUAGAGGCAAAGGGGACAUCUAUAGGUAAAUGUCCAAAGAACAAGCUAUUUAAAGGCUACAUUGAACUGGAGCUACAACUGCGAGAGUUUGACCGCUGUCGGAAACUCUAUGAGAAGUUUUUAGAGUUUACACCUGAAAACUGCACAUCAUGGAUCAAAUUUUCUGAAUUAGAAACUAUUCUUGGUGACAUUGACCGGGCCAGAGCUAUAUAUGAACUAGCUAUUGGCCAACCUCGAUUGGAUAUGCCAGAGGUACUUUGGAAAUCUUACAUAGACUUUGAAAUUGAACAAGAAGAAUAUGAGAAUACAAGAAAUUUGUACAGGAGGUUGCUUCAGCGAACACAGCAUGUUAAGGUAUGGAUCAGUUUUGCUCAGUUUGAACUCUCAGCAGAUAAAAAGAACAAUUUACCACGAUGCCGGCAAAUAUAUGAAGAGGCGAAUAAAACAAUGAGAAAUUGUGAGGAGAAAGAAGAAAGGCUUAUGCUCUUAGAAUCUUGGAAAAGUUUUGAAGAGGAGUUUGGAACAGAAUCCAGCAGAGAACGAGUAGAAAAACUCAUGCCUGAAAAAGUCAAGAAGCGGAGAAAACUUCAGGCUGAAGAUGGGUCUGAUGCCGGCUGGGAAGAAUAUUAUGAUUAUAUCUUCCCAGAAGAUGCUGCCAAUCAACCCAACCUCAAACUGCUUGCAAUGGCUAAACUCUGGAAGAAGCAGCAACAGGAUGAAAAUCCAGAGAGAGAUCCAGACAAGGAUAUUGAUGAAAGCAGUCCCUAACAAUAUCUUUGAUUUCUUCUCCUUUAUAUUGUACAGAUUUUGCUAAUAAACUGUUUUACAAAAAAUUGCUAAUACUUGAGGUGAAAGAGGCAUGUUUUUAACAUAAGCAUUUAAAGAUUAAUGUUUAUAGCUGUGAUUUAAUCAUUGUAGAGCAGAAAAAUAAGCAAAAAGGAGUAACUGCUCUUUGAAGAAAGAUAAGACAGAUCUCAUGAACUUUAGCUUAGAAGAAAGACAAAUAAAAUAACGUGCAUAAAAUUGAGAGUAAACAAGGAUUUUUUUCCUAUUCUCAUAUUACUAGAAUCCAGGACAAUUCACUGAUAUUGAAUAGCUGCAGCCAAUCACAAAUAUCUCAGCAGGCAAUUUUACAAUAUUUUAUUCUGUGUCAAAAUUCAAACAUUAAGACUAAGGGACAUAAUCAGGUAAUUUUAAUUGCAGCACAGAGCAAAUCAAAUAAGAACUAUCACCCCUAUUAACUUCAAAGGAUGAAGGAAUAAGAUAUUCAAAAUCUAUCAAGAGAUUUUAGAAACUGGAUAAGGGUGGUUUAUAAAGAUUAGCACAUCUGGGGUCAACUUAUCACAGAAGCAAGUACAAAAGACAGCUUUUGUUCAAAAAAUUCAUGAUCUUCAGCCAAGCACUUCCUAGUGCUACAGUACUUUCUUGGAAAUGUACUGUUUACCUACUUCAAAUAAUAACCUAUUUCUGAGUAGACUAGUUUUUCUAAGGUGUUCUGACAGCUAUCUGGUACUUUAGCCUCUCCACUUUCAUAUUUAGCUUGGAGGCAGCAGUGCUCCUGUGGAUCUGCUGACUAUUCUUCCCUUUCAGAGUUAAGAAGAAAAGGAUUCAGACAAGAACUUUGGGCUAUGUCCUGGCCCCUUAAAAUUAGUAAAGUUCUUGUUUCUGUUCCUCUAUUGCUUCCUUGCAAAAGAAGAUUCUGGGGAAGCCAUUAUGUCAUUCUUUGCUCCCUGUUCCAACUCCAGUAUGUUCCUAAUGCACAUCUUCCCUCUCCAUGGGCAUUCAAGAGGCAGUAAAUAUAAAUGUAGCUCAUAAUAUUGUGAUACAAAUUCUGCUCCCGCGUACUUGUUUUCUUGGGCAAGUACAAAAGUGUGAAGCUUGUGUCAUGAUGUUUAUUUAGGCUGGCUGUUGAGUGGUAUGUUAUUUAUUUGACUUGUUGGGGACAGAUGACAAUUUCCAUUUUAUUGUCUUAAGAAUAAUUAUGCGGCCAAAAAGCAUUCCUGUAAAUAAAAAUGAUGUUAAAUAUCG